ACAUAACCAAACUUCAACUGUUUGACAAUUUCGAGAGUCACAUCUCUUCAUUCAAUUGAUGAGCUUUAUCUUCGAUCUUGUCCAGAAGUCAUCGUCCCUCCAAUUAAUUCUCUCUUGUCUACUUUUCUAACAAUUUCACAUCACUUCUUUGCUAUAUGUAAUUAAUGCAAUCACCUCGCUUUCUUCUGUCCAAGAGGCCUAACAUGGAGGCCGAAUUUGAUAUUCCGUCCCACUUUCUCUGCCCCAUUUCUCUUGAAGUCAUGAGAGAUCCCGUCACAGUCUCUACGGGGAUUACCUACGAUCGGGAAAGCAUCCAGAAAUGGUUAUUUUCCGGCAAGAACAAGGCUUGCCCCGUAACGAAGCAGCCAUUAUUGUUGGACGCAGAUCUCACUCCCAACCACACUCUUCGCCGUAUAAUCCAAGCUUGGUGCACCCUCAACGCCUCUCAUGGGGUCGAGCGGAUACCAACACCGACAUCGCAGCUUGACAAGACCCAGAUCGUUAAGCUUAUUAACCAAGCGAGGAAGCUCCCCCACACGCAGCUCGAAUGCCUCAAAAGGCUCAGAUCCAUGGCCGCAAUCCACGGUGAAAAACACAGGAACUCUUUGGAGGCAGCAGGAGCCGUAGAAUACGUUGCUUCUUUGAUAAGCAACACCGACCAAUCGACAAUGGAAGUGGCAGUUGAAGUCUUGUUCUAUCUCAGAAGCUUGGAAUCUCGUCUCAAACAACUAAUGAGCAAAGAUGGGGAGAAGAUCAUAGAUUCAUUGGUACAAGUAUUAAAACGAGGUGAUUACCAAUCUCGAGCUCAUGCAACUAUUUUAUUGAGGUCUGUUUUCGAAUUGGCAGAUCCAAACCGGAUGAUGAGCCCCACAGUUGAGUUAUUUAUCGAGACGAUGAAUGUGGUACGAGAUCAGGUCUCCCACCAAGCAUCUAAAGCUGCUUUGAAGCUUCUUGUGGAGCUUUGUCCAUGGGGAAGGAACCGAAUCAAGGCCGUGGAAGGGGGCGCAGUUUCUGUCCUCAUAGAGGCUCUUCUCGAAGCUCAAGAGAAGAGGGCAUGUGAGCUGAUACUGAUCUCAUUGGACCAGCUCUGUGGAUGCACAGAAGGGCGAGCUGAGUUAUUGAGGCACGCGGCGGGGCUGGCCAUCGUGUCCAAGAAGAUAUUUAGGAUUUCGCACAUGGCAACCGACAGGGCGGUGAGGAUAUUGUUUUCCAUUUCUAGGUUCUCUGCAACUUCUGCAGUAGUUAUGGAAAUGUUGCAUGUUGGUGCGGUGGCCAAGUUGUGUUUAGUGCUUCAAGUCGAUUGCAAGUUUAAGACCAAAGAGAAAGCUAGGGAGAUUCUAAAAUUGCACUCUAGGGUUUGGAAGAAUUCUUCAUGUGUUCCUGCUCAUUUGUUGUCCUUCUAUCUGCAUCGUCAUGACGAUCAAAUCAUAGCUAUUGUUUCUGUAUAUAAUUAAUUUGGUCUUGGAGCUAAGCAGCUCAUUUUUGGUGGUGACACACCGAUGUGUUUCAAUUAAAUGGAAGAGUUCAAGAUUAGAAAAUAAUUUUUCUCAAACGAUGUUUAAUGUAUCCGUAGAAGCUUGUAAUCUCUUUAUUUCUCGGAACAAUGAAAGGUUAUGAAUAAUACAAAAUUCUUCCAUGCA